CUAUUCGGAAAAGUGCUUUUUCCUCCUUGCUAGGAGGGAUCAAAGUGGCACUUUUUUUGCUCUAGGACACAAUUUUUUAGUAUUUUGCAUACUAUUUGUUUAGCUUAAAUAUUUUUUCAAAUCAUAAUUUCUUCGUAGGCACCAACAAAUUUACAAACCAAUCUUUAGUUUGAUUUUAUUUAUUAUUUUAGGUGGUUGCUGCUGUCUUAGAAACAAUAUAGUUAUUAUGCAACGAUUCAUAAUUACGUCUUAAAUUCUCGGGCAUGUCUUAAGAAAUCUCAAAUUCGUUUCAUUUUUUUAACUUCGGUCCUUGAAUUUUAAAAACCCUUAUUAUGUACCUAUUGCAUAUCAUACUAUUAUAAUAAGCAAAUAUUUCCAUAAUCAAAAGCAUAUUCCAACCGAACCAAAUAGCAAGUUUAAUAUGCCAAAUUGAAUAUCAGAGUAUGUACUAUAAAGUUAAUCUAGUUUAAAGUGAUGGAUGGGCGAUCCCAAGACACUAAUUAAUACGCAAUAUUUAGCUGAGAUGAACAUUACAUUAAUAUUAAACCAAUAUUCAGAAUACAUUAUGAGUAGGUCUCUUUUCCCAGUAGACAAAAUUUAGUCAAGACAUCAAUCGUUUCAUUUACAUAUUUAUUCCAAAACUUUUUUAUUUCUUGGUAUUUCUUUAAAAUAAUAUAUCUGGACUUAAACCUGAAUUAUAAAACUGAGACAGUAUUUUAUAUCAUCAAUGUUUCCAGGUAAGAAGAAUAUUACAUAACUUGUCAGUUUCAAAUUAAAUUACAUUAACUUUCUCGUUUGAAGCAACUGUUCCGAACUUAAUUUAAGCAUAAUCAAAUCAUUAUCUGAGGCCUUCCUUAUUAAAAUGAAUCAAACUCCAGAAAACAAUAUAAUUUAAACUUUAAUCGAAACCGUUCAAACAACGCCCGAAACCAUUACGUUCCUUUACAAACAAAACAUUUGUAAUAAUACUAAAUUAAUUCUGUCCACAGUCCUAACAAAAGUGAUAUAAAAGCGGUAAAGUUUUAGUGUUCAACUAAAAGUGUUACCAGUUUUCAAAAGUGUUCGAUUUUCAAAGUGACCGUUGUCUCGCUAGUGAUGUGACCGGCGAUGACAGUUGCGUAUCCAAGAUGGCGGGUCGGCACAAGCCCACAGUCAGGCAUUUCCACAACCAGCCGGAGCUGCAGCGGGGCGGCAGUCUGGGCCUGAUGCUGAGGUGGAUCCUGCUGGUGUGCCUGGCGAGCUGCGGGCCUUUGGGGAACACCGUCAAACAAGAUGGCUGCGCCUUCCCUGCACGCUGGCAUGGUCGCUGGUUCCAAUCCGGCGUCAUCCAACCCAUCUCCAUCGAGGGGGACCGUCUCUCCAACAAGGGGCGGUGCCUCUCGUCUGAGGGGGAUAAGUUCCUUAUUGUCGAUGAGAAAGGGUGUUAUCGAUGUGUGGUCAUGCACGAAAAACAUACCAACGUUCUGCAAUAUAAAGAAACGUUCUGCCAUCGUCGAGACGCAUUACCUCACCUCUGUUCUCUCAUCACCGGAGAUGCUCUCCUCUACUCCAUGUUCAGGGAAAACGCUGAUCCUGUCGACUGCCCGCUGAAAGGGCCCUUCUCCUUUACUUAUAACAGGGGGCAUGGGGACUGCAAAAUCCCCGUGUCGUCCAUCGAGAGCUGCACAGAAGAUUCCCGGCUUCUGCUCAACUACCAGGCAUGUCCUGAUAUUUCUGCGUCUGAAAGUACAGUGGAAGAACUAGAAUGCCUAGCAACGUGGAAAGAAGGCAGCCUCCGGUUUCUCGUCGGAAAGCUGCACCACAACCACGCCACCAGCAACGAGGACCGCUACCGCUGCUUCGUCUACGAGAAGACUAAUGGUAUCGCAUCAACAGGCGUAAAAGAGGGCCCAGGCUCCGCUGACGUGGAGUACCGAGUAGCCCAAUCGGGGGAUGCGACCUGCAAUGGACUGUUCAGCGCCACGGAGGGAAGUAGGACUAUGGCCUUGAAGCGAGUAUCAAUCCGCUCCAACUGCCAAUUCCCGAGCUGGAUGACAUUCUCCCACACCUGGCACACCCUCGACUACAGCUCCAACUACACCUUCUACCAGCGGAACGCCACACUCCGCAUCACUGACAAGUCUGGCGCUGACAUUAAAGUGUAUUGCGUCAGCGUGAAAGCUAGUUCGCCUAGCGGAAAUUCUGUGGCAUUGGUGGCGCAUUGGCAGCAUCACUGCGUCUCCCGCUACGUGUGCGUAGUCCUAUAUCGGCGGGACACAUACAUAGCGGAGUUGCAGCGCGGCGCGCCCACCGCGCGCGCAGAUGACGCCUGCUCGAACCAUCAUUUCAACGCCGUCUCCGAGCCCUACGUCACGCUAGUCGCAAGCAACCCCGAAUCAAAAGAAUGUCCGUAUUCCGGGAAAUACGAGAUACAGAACCGUCACGAACGAAGCGUUAGGUCUAUUAGUGAACCCAAUAUUAGAAAUGGUAGUAGGCUGUUCAAUUUUAGUAUAAGCAAUAUGUCGAGCGCGCCGAUGCUACGGAGUCGGCGGGAAGUGGACGCUGGGUGUGUGGUCAGCGGGUUCGAUCGGUUGGAGGUGGGCUGUAACUCUGCGAAGAAUAUGGAGUUUUAUUCGAGCUGUGAGAAUAAGGAGGUUAUGACAGCGUACACAUGCCACGGCGGCUGGUACGAGAACGGCGCGUCGUUCGUGGUGACGACGCCGCUGACGCGCGACAGCCGCGCCGCGCGCCGCUACUGCUUCGUGUCGCGCGAGCAGCGCUCCGCGCUCGCGCUCGCCCGCAGCGCCGCCAACUGCGAGCGCGCGCCCGCCGCCGCCGGCCAGCUGCUGCUCAGCGCGAGGAAUACUGGUGAAUGUCAAGAUCAAACCAAUGCCCAGCCCCUCCAGAGGCUACCUUCACCCACCAUCAUCAUCCUGACAGCUGUCAUUCUACACUACAUCAUACCGAGAUGAUUCUGUCAUGUCUACAACUGUAACAUAGCUUAAUUAUAAUUAUGUAAGGCUUAGAUAAAACCAAAGUGGAAUAAAAACUUAGGCAGGGUUUAAAUGUUUAUGGACUCAGCGUCAGCACACCCUAACGCUAUAUGCAUACAAGUUAGGACCAAGCUAAACGCCUUAACAGACGGGCGUACAGGAUAGCGACCUUGGUCCGGUCAAAAUAUCUAUGUCGCACUCACUUAUACCUGCGUCCUUAACAGACGUACGGCGGACCACCUUACAUUCGAUCGAACAGGCCUCAGAAAAGACCAAGUUCGCGGCAUGCUUGUCUGUUACAGCUAUGACUUUGCACCAACAUUGACGUGACAGAUGUGGAAGUGUUGACGUCAUAAUUUCAUAAUUAUUUCACUAUGAUGGUACUUCGCACUCUGUGACUACAGUCUGUUCAGAGUUAAAGUGCCUACAGACAGCUGCACCGGACCGCGACCUUGGUCCGGUCCAAGACUUGUUCGAUCGUGCGUAAGGUAGUCCUCCAUACGUCCGUUAAGCAUGCAGCUGUAAGUGAGUAGGAGAAAGAGAUAUUUUGACCGGACCAAGGUCGCGGUCCUAUACACCCGUGUGUUACGGCUUUUUUGCUUGGUCCUUAUUGUAUAAAUCUUAAAAAAAAAUAAUAACACGGCUCAGUCGUUCAGCCAAUGAUAUAAUGCCAUAGAUCCCAUAUGUUUAUAUUGAUUAUUGUACCUCAUUGGUCAUUGGCCUAAUGAUUGACACUCUAUUGUUUACAUUGUUUUGAAUCUCUAAUUAAUUUUUAUUCUUCUUUGGUCAAAUUAAUUAGUAAAAAAAAUAGAAAUAGUAACUAAGCCCUUUCACGUACUGUAUGCUGUCAAUUUUGUUUUUUGUGCCUGCGAGUUUUGAUGUAAUUUUUUUGUACCUCUCGUAUUUUGUAUUUAUAAAUACACAUGUUAUGAUUGACGUUGUUUACUAGACAUUUGAAGUUUACUCGUGACGAUUUAAAAAGAUGUAGCUGGUUUAAUAUUUAGGAUCCAUGCAGAAGUUAAAAAUAUACAUACCUACUUGAUACAUUCAUUGAAACUAUUAGUAAAUAUAUGUUUUUAAGUCUACAGGUUACAGUUUCUAAUUCUGCUAAUAAAUAAUCAAAAUGUUUUUAAGAAGAGUUCAUCAGAUAUCUAGUAAACAGAUAUUUAUAUAAAUAGGUAACCAAAUAUCAAUCACAUAUAAUGAUUACACAUAAUAUAUCAUAGAUAGUCCCAAAUCGCCUAACUUUUCAUGCAAUCCUAGUUAUGAGAUGCAAUUUAGCAGAAAAAUAAUAUAGAAUGAGCUAUAUAUUAAUCUUAGAAUACCUAGCCUACAUUUAUUUCCAUAGGUAAAUUAAAGUUAUAUUACCUCUACAAAAUCCCUAUUUCAUAAUAAACAUUUCAAAUAUUUUUGAUGUAGAUACUAAAUUUAAUUUCUUGCAAACACUAUGCAUAUUUUAAAAUAAUAAUUUAGAUCUGGCAAAUUAAUUUAAUCUAUAAAUAGCGAUGUCUCGAGUGAAAGCAGAUAUGAACACAAACGGGCUUACAUGAAAGGUCGCCCAGGAUCGCGCAAAAUGGAGGAAAGCAAGUAGGAAAGCGGGGCUAUAACUGCGAAAAUUUUUCUUUGUCACUCUAAUUACGUCUUAGUGAGAGUAAGAGAGAAAAAUGCCCGCAAUUUGCGAAUUUCGGUUUUCGCGGUAGGUCCCCGGACCCUGGCAAAGGCCGGGAUAACGAUAGAUAGAAGAAGAAUAGAAAGAGUGGGCAAAUUUUAAAAAUGUACGCGCAAUCAAAAGAAAAAUAAUUAUAAAACAAAUAAAUUGAUAAAAAUUGUUUCGCGCCUUUUCUACUGAUAAAUAACUAAUUUGCCAGAUUAAACCUACCGUAAUCAGACCAAAUAUUUUCGUUACAAAAAAGACUGCAAAUAAAAAAAAUGGUACGGAACCUAUGAUGGCUUCUCUAUACGAUGGGCCAUCUUACUGGGCCACUGAGAUGGGCCAGCGUGUGGAGAGCAUAGUGGUGUUGGAUGGCUUAUGGCGCGGCGGGGUGGCGAUGGGAUGGCCGCGGUGUCGGUUUUUCGUCCGUACAUCAAAAGUAGUGGGCCAGUGAUGGCAGUACUGUAUCUACACGUGGGCCAUUCCACAGUGCGUGCUCGAACACGGUUUCAACCAUCGUAUGGCCAUUUCGCUGAUCCCGCGCUGGGCCAUCGUAUAGAGGAGCCAUUAGUGAUUUUGAAUUUUGCGCCUUUUUUAACGGUUGAAAUCAUCUGUAUUAUUUUGUUUAUGGCAUUCAAAUCGGUUUUCUUGUAAAUAUACAUUUUGUAGCCUUUAUAACUUAGAAACGCACAUUCAAUUAACAUGUUGUAGCGUAUUUCAUCUUUUUUGCCACGAAAACAUUUUUUUCACCCCCUACACCCUCGUUAAAUUAAAUGUGGAAGGGAUGAAUAUUAUGCUUACCUAUUUGCGUUACUCUAAUUAGUUUUAGGCGUUAUAAUGAAGACUUUAAUUCAACGUUUUUCUAUUGGAAAACUGUCAUUUUCUGUAGUUACUGCUAAAAAAUAAAUCGUAAAAGGACAAGAUUUUUAGUUUGAACAAAAUAUAUAAACACUUUUUAUACACUUGCCCUGAAGCAUACCUACUUAUUUUAUAUUAUGAUUUUUAUGGUUUUUUUUAGUUCAAAUCGGCACGUACUCGUAUUAAUUGUUAGUGUGGGGAGAGGGUAAUUUUUGAAAUAAACAUUUUAUAUUAGAAUUUGUAAAUAAAGCUAACUUUGUUUUGUUCAAUUUUGAACGGCAGAAAAACGUUGAAUGCAAAACAGAUGAUUUGCUUAUUAGAUCUACAAAAUGAUGUGAAUGGUUGUGAUAUAUUUCUUGUUGCAACAAUUAUAAAUAUAUUAGAAGCUUUUCUAUAUUAAUAUUUCACUGCUGAAUUAUUGAUAUUUAUGUUUAUGUAAUUUUGACGACGUUAAGUUUAAUGACGUUACAAAAAAAAAGUCGAAAGUCAUACAGAAUGUAUUUUUUUAAUGGUGGUUAAGACAGUGUUCAGAUAUUUUUCUUGUACGCUGAAAUAAAUUUAGAAAGCCUAUCCUAACUUUUUUUAACCUAGGUUGGGGUCUAGUGAGCCUGAAUUGAAAUAAGAUCGAAUUGAAAAAAAAAACUUACUAACCGUAGGCAUUUUCCAAAAUAUGAAAACGGCAUUAAUAAAAAGUUAGGCAGUACUUUUUCCUAGGUAUUAAAAAAAUACAUUUGUAUAUAUCAACGUAUGUUUUAUGUCCUUCAACAAAAUGAAAUAAUCAUAAAUGCCAUUUGUCACCGAUUAUUGGUUUAAAUUAAACUUAUUAAUUUUAAGAAAUGCUCAGUUACAAAAACUAGGUAUAAAGCACAACCAACUUUAACUGUACUGCACUGUACGCACUGUAAAUCUUCCUUUGUAGAUAGACACAAUACUCAUUGCAAAAUAUCAUAAGAACAGUUAGCUUUAAUACUCUGCGUCGGAGACUGUAUAUUUCUUAGUUAUUUUCUAUACAUUUGUUGAAUUAGUGUCCAGUUUAGCAUUUUUCUAUUACAUGAGAAUAUCAUAGCAUCUAACUCUAUCACAAUGAGUUUUCUAUAAGCGCUACUACGGAAGCUCAAACUCAAUAGCAUUUUAUACAAUCUCGUACCUUACUUAGGCAACUCAGCAAGCUUCGUUGCCUAAAUACGGUGCUCGACUUAAAAGCUGGAUUAUAUCACUAUCGUAUACAAUACUUUUUCUACGAGUCACCUAAAAUAAUACUUUUAUUAGUAUAAAACCUAAAUAAAUGUAAAUUGGUAAGUAUCUCAGUAGACAAAAUGUAGUACAAAAGAUAUAAACGCGCGACCCCCCGCCCGCUCGUCCCCCGUUUAAAUGAAGCGCGGCGACACGUGAUUGGUAUUUUUUUAUAGUUGACUACAGCGUAUCGAAAUGAAUAUUAUAUUUGAGUUGUGAGCCCUUUCAUGAAAAGUACGCAAUUAUAGUUUGAUAUACGAAUUCUUAAUUCAACCAUAACAGUCGACGAGUAGAAAAACCAUUUAUUUAACGUAAAGCCUGCAUUUUAGUCUAAAUAAAUUGAAAAAUCCAAUGCUCGAAAACAAUAGGCAGUAAAAAAGGCACCCUGUAUUUAAAGGUCUGUCGCCGAGGAGGGAUAAAAUCGUACAUUGACUUUUAUUUGUGUCUCUGCCACUCGUAUAGGUACGUAUAGUGCCGUUACACUCAGCCGCGAAAGACGGCGUUAAAAAUGCACUCGAGUGACAAAGACAGCGAAUGAAGAAACAGAAAAUUCAAACAAAAAUUUAAAAAUGAACUAAAGAGUUAGUGCUUUCGUAGUAGCCAUAUUAUUAAAAUUUUCACUUGGAAGCUUAAAAUAUGUACAAAAAUUGUUACACGUUAUCGCCUAGAUAAAUAAUGAUUUAGCAAUAAUUUUAAGAUUUUCCGAUUAUUUUUGUUAGUUUUGUUAACCAUAAGGGCGCGUUUACACUCACAGUAUGCGGCCUAAGUGUGAACAGUGUUGGCCAGUUGAAACGUUAAUGCAAUUGACUAUUAACCAUUAUAAAUUGAACCGUAAACUGUAACCGUCUGUUACGGUUCAAUUUGUAAUGUGUAAUGGUCAAUUGCAAUUAACGUUCGGCCAACACUGAGUGUGAACAUUAUUUCAAUGCAGCGAUUAGAGUCGGACCACGCUAAGUUUUCAUGCCAAGUGCUCCGUGAAGUAUGGAGCUUAUAGGGAUAUGUAUGUAUUCUGACUGCCAAGUUUGUGCAAAGUUAGCGUGGUCAGAGUGCCUACCGCGAACCACGUUCGACUUGUUGCCUCCCUGUCACACUUACGUAAGAAUUUACAAGUGUGACAGAGAGGCAACACGUCGAACGUGGGUCUGCAUUAGUUAAGUCAUCGCAUGUAAAAAAAAUACGGGUUGCCUGGCAACCCCUUGUUUCAAUAUGGCGAUCGCAUAAAAGUGCGUCCAGAUCCAGCGAAUGCCUCGCGAGUGCGCAUGCAUGUUUGCUGUAGAUUGCGCGCUUUAUGUGAACCUUACUACAGUAACGUUUGUUAUAUUGUUUCGUUUUUCUUUUUUGCCAAUCCACCUCACAGCGUACUUGACCCCGUAGUAAAAAGGCGUUAGAAUUGAAACCAUCUUGAGGGUCCAAGGUCCAACGGAUUAUUGACUUUAUUUCUAUGAAUAAUCGAUUACAGGUCGAAUAAUUGAUAAAAGGCCCCUGGCAUCUACUCUGAAUGAUAAUUUUCAGAUAGUGGCCCUUUAUCUAUGAUUUGAAUCUAUUGUUUAUAGGGAUAAAGUCUUUACCUAAUCCGUAAAUCCGUUGGACAUUCAAGAUGGUUCUAAGUGUUCUAACGACUUUUUACUACGUGGUCUUUUAAUUUUUGCGUUAAACUUUAUAAUGCUUUGUAUUCUUAUACGAAUACGCUGUUAAUAGGAUUGGCCAAAAAACUAAACACUAGGCCCGCGAUCUCUAUCAAACAUGCGUCCGCACUCGCGCGCGGCGGAUUCCCUAGGUCUGGACAAGACGCACCUUUGUGUGAACGUAGUGUAUUUGACACUAAACAAUGGUUACGCAGUUAGCCGCAAACAAGGUCUAAUGUAAACGUGCUCUAAGCUCACUUAGUUUUGUAAAUCUUAAUUUAAUUUUAAUACCGUACCAGCGAUGUAUAAAUUGUCUAAUGUUGUUUUUGUAGCCUUAACAUAAUUUUGUACAAUAUCUACUCAAUUUACAAUUCUUUGUUUACAAGUUACAAGCCCAUUUGAUGGUCGCUUGGUAUCAACUUUAUAGUUAAGAGUUAAUAUCAUUGGAUACCACUCUUUAUGUUUAAUUGUGAUGCAGCUACCUCUUGUUACAGUAGCUGCAGAGAAAAGGUACCCGUGCAUACAAACUUCUAUGCAGUGGUACCAUUUUUCUGCAGCUGACUACAUACGUACCUUUAGUAAACACCCGUAUAAUGGACCUGACACCAAUAAUGAGACGUAAACCACAAAUCCUGUAAAAUGACUGUACAACUACGAAACGUCAGUUUUUACCAUAAACAAGAGUCAUAUGGCAUUGUUCGAGUUUGACGUUUCAUUAAUUUCGGUCUCUUUUCAAAAAAAUAUGGCGUCAUUUAUUUCCAUGAUUGGAGAAAUAAACAGCUUUGAUUUGUUAAUUAUAUUGAAACCAAUUGAUGUAAAAGCAGUAGGUAGGAAUUUUAGAGGUAUCAGUGAGAUACCAAAAAUACCCAAAUUUUCUCUAUAUGUCUCAUGCUUGGUCCCGUUAAUAUACAUGGUAUUCUGUCUGUUCUAACAUCCAUGUUUGAUUAUUUUUUAAAUUGUUGGCAUACUUGGCAUGUACAAAUUUUUGUUUUGUAUACAUUUUAUUGAUUAGUAAAUAUAUUCACAGCUGAGACUCAAUUUAAAUAGCUCUCGUCUAUACCUACACAGAAUAUUAGCGCGAUUCUUUACCCUUUCAUUUUGGUAUGACUUCUCAUAACUAGACAAAAAUAGAAGUACCUAGAAGAAAUCGUUCUAAAAGCGAUUUUUUUUUAAUCAAUUUACAGUUGAGGGCUCACCCACUUUCCUUUUAAUCGUUAUAAAAUAUAGUGGUAUCUAAAGUUAGUAGCUCUUUGCAUAAUAUUAGUGUUUCGGUGACACAAAAAAAGUUGGUGAUAUUAUAAAAUAACUCCCUACAUAUUGUAAUGUCAGUGGGGUGACACUCGACUUUUCGGGCGCUCUCGGCUCAGGAAUUGCUACGAGCAAUAAAAUUAUUAGGUUGGCAACACUUGACGUUCCUUUGCGUGCACAACCACAGAUAAGAUAAUUACUUGAAAUUUUACAACCCUAAACCCUUUGAAAGGGAUAUUUGGCAGUGUUGGCCAAACGCUAAUUAGUAGUGACCAUUUACCAUUACAAAUUGAACCGUAAACCGUAACGGACGGUUACAUUUUACGGUUCAAUUUGUAAUGGUUAACGGUCAAUUCUAAUUAACGUUCGGCCAACACUGGAUAGUGACAACAUUAGAAUGGGACAACAUGAUUCGUUCCCGAAUCGCUGUCAAACUUCGGUUUUGUAGGUAGUGUCAUUUCUGUACGGUAUCACUAUUAUUUAUUCUGUUCUGUGGUAAUGUUAUCAUGGAGAUCUUUCAACAGCGGGUUACGAAAUAUUAACAAAAGUUGAGUUGAUUAUGAACUUUUGUAGAAUGCAACUGCAUAAUGUGGCUCGUGGAGAAGUAAUUAUGAAUUACAUAAAUAUUUUUUAUUGAUGACCGCUAUUCUCCUCAAACCACAGCAGACUCCUAGAGAUUGCUCGUACAUAAGACGAUAAUAUCGAGGGCUUCAUGCUAAAGGGGCGUAUAAGCAAGAACCCUACUUUUCAGGAGAGACAAAAAACUGAAUAACUUUUGUUACAUUGUACCGAUUGUUCUACAGUUUUGCAUAGAGUAUUUAAAUUACUGUCUGUUUCAUGUGUCAUGCCUAGUUUCGUUCUACGUAUUCUAAAAAGCAGUAAUUAUGUAGUUACGCCUCUUUACCACGACAAUAAUUUCCGACAUAUAGGUUGAAAUUUUUUGAAAAAUACUUGAGAUUUAUGGUCGUAUAAUUCAUUUUUUUUUCUAUUCGAUAAUUUAAUCAUGAAAGGAGGAAAUACUGUUAAUAAUGCGAAAUACUUUAAUUUUACAGUAAUUUAGUCAUCAUUGUGUAGUUUCUUCUAUUUUUUCUGAUUUUUAUACGCCCGUCUGGGCUGACGAAUCUAUCGUGUAAGUAUCCUUUAUUUGUGGCCGUAUAAUAGGGCGCCAAAUUAUAUUUUGACUAAAUA